AUUGGCUUCCAUCUUCUCCUCUCCUCCUUUUUUCUUGAACAAUUCCUCCUUCCUCCGUUGUCCUAUUCUUUUGCAUUUUUUUCCACCCUAUAAUAUUUAGUCAACUAACAUAUAUGAGAAAACACCGUCAAGAAGGAUAAAAAAACCACAAAGGUUGUAAACAAGAGAGAAAAAAACACACCAGAGAAGCUGCUCUCAGCUGCUUUUUCUUCUUCCCACCCCACACAUCCCCAAAAGCCAAACCCCAUUCUUUACUCUCCUCCAAGAAAACCAGCACCACAAACCCUAAACAAACACACACAUACCCUCUUCUGGUCUUCUCCUCCUCUCCUCUUCCUCCGGCCUAUUAUCAUCAUCACGAGCACCACUUCUUCUCUUGCAUCUCCAAUUUCUUAAUAUUAUCGAGAAUGGCAGGACUUGAUUUGGGAGCCAGCUCCUACCUUCAUCACCACCACCACAACCUUCACCUCAGCCACGAUGACGCUGCCGGCGGCUCGGAUGACGGCCAGGACGCACUCUCUCCGGGCAGCGGUGGGGGAGGGAGCACUGCUGGAGGCGCAGGGAUAGGCGGUGGGGAGGUUGUCGGUCGACGCCCGCGCGGCCGACCUCCGGGAUCCAAGAACAAGCCCAAGCCGCCUGUGAUCAUCACCAGGGAGAGCGCUAACGCGCUGAGGGCGCACAUCCUCGAGGUCGCCGCCGGGUGCGACGUCUUCGAGGCGCUUACCGCCUACGCGCGCCGCCGGCAGCGGGGCAUCUGUGUGCUCUCCGCGGCGGGGACUGUCACGAACGUGACUCUCCGGCAGCCACAGUCUGCACAGACCGGGCCGACUUCGUCGCCGGUAGCUACGCUCCAUGGCAGGUUCGAGAUACUCUCCCUCGCCGGCUCCUUUCUCCCGCCUCCAGCGCCGCCGGGGGCCACCAGCCUCUCGGCCUUCCUUGCUGGCGGGCAGGGACAGGUGGUUGGCGGCAGCGUGGCCGGCGCACUCGUCGCUGCCGGGCCGGUGGUCGUGGUGGCCGCAUCGUUCAGCAACGUGGCCUAUGAGAGACUUCCUCUAGAGGAAGGCGAUGAGGUUGUCCCUCCGCCGGUGCCUGACCAGGCUGGCGGGGGCAUGCCGUUCGGCGCUGAUCCGUCGGGCGGCGCCGCGGCUGGUGGGCUUCCGUUCUUUAACCAGCUGCCGAUGGGUAUGCCACCAAUGCCGAUGGACGGCCACAAUGGCUGGCCUGGCGCCGUCGGUGGUGUCGGGAGGCCGCCCUUCUCGUGACCGAUCUUGGCCGGCCGUGAAGACAGCAGGUGCGUGGGAGGACAUGGACAUGUGUAAAACAAGUAGGCUCUAUUUAUUUUCACUGUCAAUUGGUUCUCUUGUUCUUUACUUCUUAAUUUGUGAUGGUUCUCUCUCAUGUUUUUUUGUGUUAACCUGUAUGAGACUUAAUCGGUGUUAAUUGUUGGUCCGCGUGCUCGUUUCAUUGCAAUAUGUUCUCAGGACAUGCACUCAUAAAUUCAUCAAAUUAAGUUAGUGUUGUUGUGUUCA